AUUUCGCUUCUGUUCGAGGGUAGAACACAGAACGCUAUGACUGGGCUGCGUCUUCUUCCUUCCUUCGCGGCGUUGGCCGUGACCGUGUCUCUCGCGCUCAACGCGUUGGCUGGAAUCGGGCCUGUGCUCGACCUCACGAUCUCCAACGCGGUGGUGUCGCCCGAUGGUUUCUCUCGCGCGGCGGUCGUUGCGAAUGACCAGGCUCCCGGGCCUCUCAUCACGGGCCAGAUGGGCGACCGCUUCCAGAUCAAUGUGGUCAACAAGCUGUCGAACCACACCAUGCUUAAGUCGACCAGCAUCCACUGGCACGGCUUCUUCCAGAAGGGCACGAACUGGGCGGACGGCCCUGCGUUCGUGAACCAGUGCCCGAUUGCGACGGGGCAUUCGUUCCUUUACGACUUCCAGGUCCCUGACCAAGCCGGAACGUUCUGGUACCACAGCCAUCUGUCUACCCAGUACUGUGACGGGUUGAGGGGUCCAUUCGUCGUCUACGACCCGAAUGACCCUCAUGCCAGCCUCUACGAUGUGGACAACGAUGACACCGUCAUCACCCUCGCUGACUGGUACCAUACUGCUGCCAAGCUUGGGCCAGCCUUCCCUCCUGGCUCCGAUGCGACGUUGAUCAAUGGGCUCGGCCGUACAGCGGCCACCCCCAACGCGGAUCUCGCUGUCAUCAGCGUCACGCAUGGCAAGCGGUACCGUUUCCGCCUGGUGUCGAUGUCCUGCGACCCCGCGUACACGUUCAGCAUCGACGACCACUCGAUGACCAUCAUCGAGGCGGACUCGGUCAACACAAAGCCGCUCGAGGUCGACUCGAUCCAGAUCUUCGCCGGCCAGCGCUACUCGUUCGUGUUGGAGGCAAACCAGGACGUCGGUAAUUACUGGGUCCGCGCAGACCCUCUGUUUGGCACGACGGGCUUCGACGGUGGUAUCAACUCCGCGAUCUUGCGCUACGAUACCGCGUCGCCCACCGAGCCGACGACGACGCAGGCUACUUCCACGAAGCCAUUGAAGGAGACCGACCUUGAGCCUCUCGCUUCGAUGCCGGUGCCUGGCUCUGCUGUCUCGGGCGGUGUUGACAAGGCUAUCAACUUCGCUUUCAGCUUCAACGGUUCCAACUUCUUCAUCAACGGCGCGACCUUCCAGCCUCCCACCACCCCCGUUCUGCUGCAAAUCAUGAGCGGCGCCCAGGCUGCCAGCGACCUCCUCCCGUCCGGUGACGUCUACGCCCUGCCGUCGGACUCGACCAUCGAGCUCUCGUUCCCCGCGACUACUGGUGCUCCCGGUGCCCCCCACCCCUUCCACUUGCACGGUCACACCUUCGCUGUCGUGCGCAGCGCAGGCAGCACUGAGUACAACUACGACAACCCGAUCUGGCGCGACGUCGUCAGCACUGGUACCCCUGCAGCGGGCGACAACGUCACCAUUCGCUUCAGGACUGACAACCCUGGUCCGUGGUUCCUCCACUGCCACAUCGACUUCCACUUGGAGGCCGGCUUCGCCGUGGUCAUGGCUGAAGACAUCCCCGACACCAAGGCCGACAACCCUGUCCCCCAGGCGUGGUCGGACCUUUGCCCCAUCUACGACGCCCUCGACGCUGACGACCAGUGAACACGCCUCAUGAGAUCGUCAACGCUUCCUCAAUCAUUGACUUACCGACUUGCUAUUUCUAACGCCCUAUUUGCG